CUUUGUGUAGACGUGGAGUGUAGAAUUUCGCAUUAAAUACGCCAAAUAUUUACGUACAAUUAGUAAAAUACACGUGAAAAUGUCGGUAAACGUGUCCCUAACUAAGAAGCAACCACCCAGGCAGCUGAGAGAAAGAAAACAAAAGAAACUAUAUUCCGAAGACUGGGCCGUAGGCGAAGAAGAUAUAGAAGGUCUUCGGACCUUCAAUCUACAAGAAAAACUCGAAGACCCUGCUUUCGCGUCACACAAUAUUGUCAAAGAAAUGCAUGGCAGCGAACUAAACGUCGCAUAUUUCCAAAGACAUGGCUUCAGUACGCCAUUACUCUUCAAAGAAAAGACUGGAUUGGGUCUACGAGUCCCAACAUCAAAUUUUACAAUAAACGACGUACGGAUGUGCGUGGGUUCUCGGCGGGUGUUAGACGUUAUGGAUGUGAAUACGCAAAAAAAUAGUGAGAUGACCAUGAAAGAAUGGCAAAAAUAUUACGAAGAACCCGAAAAAGACAAGCUUUUAAAUGUGAUAUCUUUAGAAUUUUCCCAUACUAAGUUAGAAAAUUAUGUACAAAGUCCAACAGUAGUCAGACAAAUAGACUGGGUAGACUGCGUAUGGCCUAGGCAUUUGAAAGAAAGCCAAGUAGAAGCUACAAACGUAUUAGAAGAAAUGAAAUAUCCUAAAGUUCAAAAAUACUGCCUUAUGUCUGUCAAAGGCUGUUACACAGAUUUCCACGUAGACUUCGGAGGGACAUCCGUAUGGUAUCAUAUUCUAAAAGGUGGAAAAGUUUUUUGGUUAAUUCCCCCUACAGAACACAAUCUCGGACUAUACGAACGUUGGGUUCUCUCGGGUAAACAAUCAGACAUUUUCUUCGGCGAUACAGUGGAAAAAUGCGCCAGGAUAGUUUUGCACGAAGGAAACACCUUCUUCAUUCCCACGGGAUGGAUACACGCCGUGUACACUCCGAUGGAUUCGCUAGUUUUCGGCGGGAAUUUCUUACAUUCGUACGGAAUUGACCAACAGUUGAAAAUAGCUCAAGUUGAAGAUACAACGAAGGUCCCUCAAAAAUUUCGCUAUCCAUUUUUCACAGAAAUGUUGUGGUACGUAUUGGAACGGUACGUACACUGCUUAUUAGGAAAUUCGCACUUAACGACCGGCCAAGAUGCUCCUAUACCGCCAGAUAGGCCUCAUAUACAUCUCACGCAAGCGGAACUGCAUGGUUUAAAGGAAAUAGUUUUAUACCUGCAUAUGUUACCGUCGCAUAAGAAAAGCGUUCCAGAUCUUUUAAAAGAUCCCAUAUCAUUAAUACAGGAUGUCAGAACACUGAUUGGGCUUCACAGACAGGAUAACAGAGAACUGGCAGUUACGGAUCGGGCCAUUCUUGCAGUUCCUGACGAUGAAAAAGGAAAGAUUCCAAGUCCAAGGGGUCCGUAUAAUAAAGGAAGCAUGCAAAAACCUCCUCGGCCUCCCUUUAAAGGACCUAAAGUUGCUGGAGAAAAAGGUGGACCUCGAAGACGACGUACAAGAUGUAAGAAGUGCGAAGCGUGUCAACGUAGCGAUUGUGGUGAGUGCAGUUUCUGCUUGGAUAUGGUGAAAUUCGGCGGUCCGGGAAGAGCGAAACAGACUUGCAAUAUGAGGCAAUGCUUGCAACCGAUGCUGCCAGUGACAGCUGCUUGUUCGCAUUGUGGAUUGGACGGAUGGAUGCAGACGCCCGUGACGCCGCUUCAGAAAGGACCACAACGGUGCGAGAGUGCCAGCAAUCUCAUGGAAUGUUCGGUUUGUUACGAGAUAGCUCACCCUCAGUGCGUCCAGCGACUUUGCCCCGAAUUUACAGGAUUCAUAAACGAAGACAUGCCAAAUUCCUGGGAAUGUCCUAUGUGCUGCAAACUCGGAAAAAACACAGACUACCGACCAAGACAUUUCCGCGCGCGACAGAAAUCUUCAGAUAUCCGCAGAAUGUCGAUCAGUUCAGACGCCUCUAGUGCUAUAGACAAUAAAACCAACCAAGAACAAAUGUCGGAUUCAGGGAGCGAUACGGAACACAAAGAUAUUAAAGAAUUGUUACCAAUUAAGAAGAGAAGAUCUAGUGAAGGUGCGGAAAUAGAAAGUAAAAGUUUGUCGCCCGGUGACCCCCCUCGAAAAACCGCGUUCAGAAUGCAGCUAGCCCACCAAAUAGUCAAUAACUCUACGAAAGUGUUAAAGAAGCCUAUGGUAGUAGUUAGACCCGCGUCUAUAGUGUCCACACCAGUAUCUACAACUAAUCUAGCCAUGGACAAACGUUGUAUGCUUCUAGUCUUCAGAUAUAUGUCGCCCAAAGAAUUGCUUACUUGCGCUUUAGUGUGCAAAACUUGGGCAACCUUUACAGUAGCUCCGUGUCUGUGGAGAAAAAUGUCUUUCAACCGAAAACACAUAUCGUCGGACAUUUUAAAAGGUAUUGUAAGGCGACAACCCGAAUGUCUUUGCCUCGACUGGUGCCAUAUUAAUAAAUUUCAACUACCUUGGUUGAUACAACGCUUGGGUCAACUUAAAGAGCUGUCACUUGUUAGUAUAAACGUCAAAACAGCUAUAUCGUUGAAGUCGAACCAUUCCGCCGUGUUAGUAGCAUUAGACAUUAGUUUUAUUUCAGAUUUUAAUGACUCUGCUUUAAGGGAUAUCAUCGGACCGAAUAGCGAUUCUCGGACUAGUCUCCCUUCAGAAAAAAUUCGUUUCCGAAAUCUAAAAGACUUGAAAUUAGCAGGUACCGAUAUUACCGACAUAGCGAUGCGGUAUGUCACUCAGUACUUACCGAAACUUCAACACCUUAGCUUAGGUAUGUGUCCUCGGAUCUCCGACGCGGGAAUAGCCCAACUAAGCACGAAACCCGCCAACACAGUAACAAAUCUCGUUAGUUUAGAUUUGAGCCAUUCCAAAUUAGUGACCGAAACGAGUCUAGAGCACCUCUCUAAAUGUGAAAACCUCGUUAGAUUAGAUUGUAGGCACUCGCUGCAGAUUUCUACACAAGCGCUCAUCAAAUUCGCGGCUAAAAGUGACAAGAAUCUGCAAGUUAGGGAAAUUAAGUUGGUAGACGUGCGACAGAAGUAAGUUCUGCAUAGAAACUUUUGCGAUGUUUGUUUUGAGUAGCUGUAUGGUAUAUUUUUUGCCUGAUUGAUAAAUAUUUUUUGCAUUUGUAAGAUCUCAAAUGUGUUUGUUUCUCUUAGUAAAGCAAAGUGUUUAAAAUAUCCUGUUUAAAGAGUUGCAUUCGAAAAUCAGUAGGUGAAGGCUACUCCAGAGAGUAUAUUGAGAACGGAUGUACAUUGAUUUUCUAAGCCAUAUUACAUUUUGUAGAUGAACAAAAUAAUUAAAAAGACUUUACUCACAAUAUAUUUACUAAGUUCAGGCUGUAAGUACACAACUGAACAGGUAGACAACAUGAAGUGCUAUUAAAAAUUAUGUCAAACGUUUUAUUUAACACGUCAAAAACUUAUAAUGUUUAGAUCUGAAAGGAGCUGAAGGAUGAUUGAUGUAAAGGAAAAAAAUAAACGCCUUUAUUGAGUUAUUUAAAUUAUUUAUUGUUCAUUAUAAGACCCAGUUUCUAAACGUAAGUAUAAAACAAGAAAAAUUAAUCGAAUGUGAGAAAACCACAAUAAUUUUGGGAAUUACUUCACUAAAAUCUUUAUUUAAAGAAAUCCUUUAUAAAAGGUAUAAUAUUCUAAAAAAAAGACCCUUUCGGGCUACAUCAC